AUGGCCACACAAGUGGACGGCAGGCCCUCGGGAUUCACUAGCAAUAGCUGCGACCCAGGCACAGCCCGAGAGCAUGUGCAGGUUGUGACCCGAAACUACAUCACCCACCCCCGUGUCACCUACAGGACAGUGUGCAGCGUCAAUGGGCCUCUGGUGGUGCUGGACCAAGUCAAGUUUGCCCAGUACGCUGAGAUUGUCAACUUUACCCUCCCUGAUGGUACUCAGAGGAGUGGCCAAGUGCUUGAAGUGGCUGGGACCAAAGCCAUUGUUCAGGUGUUUGAGGGGACCUCAGGGAUUGAUUCCCAGAAGACCACAUGUGAAUUCACAGGCGACAUCCUGCGGACUCCAGUGUCAGAGGACAUGCUGGGUCGGAUUUUCAAUGGCUCUGGCAAACCCAUUGACAAAGGACCUGCUGUCAUGGCAGAGGACUUUCUGGACAUUAAUGGCCAGCCAAUCAAUCCCCAUGACCGAAUCUACCCUGAGGAGAUGAUCCAGACGGGAAUCUCCCCCAUCGAUGUCAUGAACAGCAUCGCCCGUGGCCAGAAGAUUCCCAUCUUCUCUGCAGCUGGGCUCCCCCACAAUGAGAUUGCAGCCCAGAUCUGCCGCCAAGCUGGGCUGGUGAAGAAAUCCAAGGCUGUGCUGGAUUAUCAUGAAGACAACUUCGCCAUUGUCUUUGCAGCCAUGGGGGUGAACAUGGAGACAGCCAGGUUCUUCAAGUCAGAUUUCGAGCAGAAUGGAACCAUGGGGAAUGUCUGUCUCUUCCUGAAUUUGGCCAAUGACCCUACGAUUGAGCGGAUCAUCACCCCACGUCUGGCACUGACCACAGCUGAGUUCCUUGCCUACCAGUGUGAGAAGCAUGUGCUGGUCAUACUGACUGACAUGAGCUCCUAUGCGGAGGCUUUGCGGGAGGUCUCAGCUGCCCGAGAGGAAGUGCCAGGCCGUCGUGGCUUCCCCGGAUAUAUGUACACAGACUUGGCCACCAUCUAUGAGCGAGCCGGCCGUGUGGAGGGCCGGGGUGGCUCCAUCACCCAGAUCCCCAUUCUCACUAUGCCUAAUGACGAUAUCACCCACCCCAUCCCAGACCUGACUGGCUUCAUCACAGAGGGACAGAUUUAUGUGGACAGACAGCUACAUAACCGGCAGGUCUACCCACCCAUCAAUGUGCUCCCUUCCCUCUCACGACUGAUGAAGUCGGCCAUAGGCGAGGGCAUGACCAGAAAGGACCACGGAGAUGUCUCCAACCAGCUGUACGCCUGCUACGCCAUCGGGAAGGACGUGCAGGCCAUGAAAGCGGUGGUGGGGGAGGAGGCGCUCACCUCCGAGGACCUGCUCUACCUGGAGUUCCUGCAGAAGUUCGAGAAGAAUUUCAUCAACCAAGGUCCCUACGAGAACCGCACAGUGUUCGAGUCGCUGGACCUGGGCUGGAAACUGCUGCGCAUCUUUCCUAAAGAGAUGCUGAAGCGCAUUCCGCAGAGCGUGACGGACGAGUUCUACUCUCGCCAGGGGGCGCAGCAGGACCCCGCAUCCGACACGGCGCUCUAA